AUAAAAAGAGAGUGAAACAUGUGGCUCUCUUUCUUCUUCCUCCUCCGCCGAGAUUUUUUCUCCGUCCCUCUCUCUCCGCAAUGGCGGCGGUUGCGACCUCCUUCUGUUUCUCUCCUCUCCGAUCUCCCUCAGUUUCAAAACUUCACAAUCUAUCUAAGAUCACUACUCCAUCGAUUCGACGAUCAAUCGUCUGUAAAUCUUCGCCUCGCGAUGAAUCUCCCGCCGUCGCCGCUUCUUCUCGCCGACCGGAGAACCAGCAGAAUCUAGUGGAAUCUCCUAAACCGGAUCCUGAUCAUAAACCGGAUCCUGGGAUUGGUAAAAUUGGAAUGGAGAUUAUGUCAAUUGCAUUACCAGCUGCAUUAGCUUUAGCUGCUGAUCCUAUUACAUCUCUUGUCGACACUGCGUUCGUUGGCCAUAUUGGUUCUGCAGAACUAGCUGCUGUAGGAGUUUCAGUUUCUGUAUUCAAUUUGGUGUCGAAGCUCUUCAAUGUUCCUUUGUUAAAUGUCACUACUUCGUUUGUUGCGGAGGAGCAAGCCAUUGCUGAUAAAGAUGAUGAUGGUUCUAGGGAAACUGGUAAGAAGAAAGUGCUGCCUUCUGUUUCAACAUCCUUACUUCUUGCUGCUGGAGUUGGCAUUGCAGAGGCGAUUGCGCUCUCGCUUGGGUCUGAUUUCUUGAUGGACGUCAUGGCUAUACCUUUUGAUUCACCAAUGCGGAUACCAGCAGAGCAGUUCCUCAGACUUAGAGCGUAUGGUGCACCGCCAAUUGUAGUUGCAUUGGCUGCGCAAGGAGCUUUUCGUGGUUUCAAGGACACUACAACACCUCUAUAUGCCGUUGUUGCGGGGAAUGUGCUUAAUGCGAUAUUGGAUCCAAUACUGAUAUUUGUCCUUGGUUUUGGUAUCUCUGGUGCUGCGGCUGCUACUGUGAUUUCUGAAUACUUGAUUGCGUUUAUUCUUCUGUGGAAGUUGAAUGAGAAUGUGGUUUUGCUUUCUCCUCAAAUCAAAGUGGGAAGAGCCAACCAGUACCUCAAAUCAGGUGGGCUUCUGAUUGGUAGAACUGUGGCACUGCUUGUACCGUUUACAUUGGCUACUUCCUUAGCAGCUCAAAAUGGACCUACUCAAAUGGCUGGCCAUCAAAUCGUUUUGGAAAUCUGGUUGGCUGUCUCUUUACUCACCGAUGCUUUAGCUAUCGCUGCACAGAGUCUUCUUGCAACCACUUUCUCUCAAGGAGAAUACAAACAAGCCCGGGAAGUUCUAUUCGGAGUCCUUCAGGUAGGUUUAGCAACUGGAACUGGUUUGGCUGCUUUAUUGUUCAUCACAUUCGAGCCAUUUUCAAGUUUAUUCACAACGGAUUCAGAGGUUCUAAAGAUUGCUUUGUCAGGGACCUUGUUUGUGGCUGGAUCUCAACCAGUAAAUGCUCUAGCGUUUGUUUUGGAUGGGCUCUAUUAUGGUGUCUCUGACUUUGGAUUUGCCGCUUACUCUAUGGUGAUUGUCGGAUUCAUAUCUUCCUUGUUCAUGCUUGUGGCUGCACCAACAUUUGGCCUUGCGGGAAUCUGGACAGGUUUGUUCCUCUUCAUGGCGUUGCGACUGGUUGCCGGAGCCUGGAGAUUGGGGACAAGAACAGGUCCAUGGAAAAUGCUGUGGUCUACCCCAGAGAAGCCAGAAUGAAACGGAUCGAUCCUGAUCCUGAUCCUGAUCCUGAUCCUGUUUCUGCGUCAACAUUUUUGUGGUAUGAUGCAUGACUCUUAAGAUAACGAAAACGGAAUGAACUAAUAGUACAUAGUCUUACAGUA